UUUAGUCAUAAUAUAAACAGAGUUGUCUGGGACCUACACUGGGGCAAUAACCAGGGCUGACAGUUUACGGAUGUAUAGGAUAUAUAUGAACAAGGCGAUUUUGAACUGACCACUGGUCAGCAGAUACUUUUAUAUCACAGACAGGGUACUGGAUAUUACUUUUGUUCGACAACUGCAUGCGUCUAUAUAUAAAUAGAUGUACCUGCAAUCUAUAGAAGUUAAGAAGUGAUUUGAAAACCCAGAUAACUUGAUACAUAUUUGAAGUGAUGGAUAAUAGCUUGCAAUGGAUAUUUAAAAAAACCUAACAGGAUUCACUGGAAAAAGCAUGUGAAAACCAAAUGAAAAAUUGAGAGAAUUUUAAUAACAACAGGAGUUAUUCAAACUGGAGUGAUUUAGCUAAAGGGUCUGUAACAAAGAAUGGCUGAUGUGGAAUCGAGUGUAGCGUCACCUAACAGUGUGGAAGCAUCGCCUACUGGUCUGGAAGAAGUUGAGGUCCAGAUUGAAGAUGCCAAAAAUGUUGAAAACAACAAUUUUCCGCCUCCACCAACCGAGCCAAUAGAAGCUGCUGACAAGGUUGUCCGUGUCAAGGGUACAGGGGCAGCAGCGAAGGGAGAGAUCAUUGUUAACGAUGAAAUGAAUGGAGAUGCAAAAGUCACCAUCACCACUAAUGGAGAUGUAAAUGUCAAUGGUGAGGUCAGUGUCGCCGCUGGUGCGGAGGUCAAGGUCGACAGUACCACUCCUGUAAAGGUCAAGGUCAAUGGUGCAUCUAAUGGUGGAAUAACCGUCAAUGGAUCGACACUGAAACGAAGUAGUAUAGAUGACCUCCUGCCAGCCACAGCACAGUAUACAACAAGCAGAGAGGAUGCAGUCAAGCUCCGAAUGGAUGACACUGGACCAGGUGUCAUGAAACCACUGACUGUUCACACUGUCUUCAAAAACACUGUAGACAAGGCGCCCAACACUAUAGCACUAGGUGUGAAGAGAGAUGGGGCCUGGGUAAAAUGGACUUAUAAACAGUACUACGAUGAUGUCCGUCGAGUGGCCAAGGGUUUCAUCAAGCUUGGAUUGGAACUGUACCAUGGUGUUGGGAUUGUCGGCUUCAACUCUCCAGAAUGGUUUAUGGCCGACUUGGGUGCCAUAUUUGCAGGAGGAUUUGCAACAGGGAUUUACACAACCAACACUCCCGAGGCAUGUCAGUUUGUUGCCGCUGAUUGUGAGGCCAAUAUCUUAGUUGUUGAGAACAAUCAGCAGUUAAAGAAGAUCUUGAAGGUCUGGGACAACUUACCACACCUCAAGGCUAUAGUCCAGUACACAGGGGAGGUCGCCGAGAGGAGGGAUAACAUUUACUCGUGGAGUGAGUUACUGGCCCUGGCUGAAGAAGUCCCGGACUCCGACCUUGAGGAAAGACUACAGCAACAGGCUCCUAACAAGGCCUGCACCCUUAUAUACACGUCGGGAACGACAGGGAACCCAAAGGGAGUGAUGCUCAGUCAUGACAAUUUGACCUGGACAACACAGAGAGUUGGCGAGGCCCUUAAGUUGGCUUUCAAUAUAGAAGAUAUUGGUGUUAGUUAUCUCCCCAUGAGCCACGUGGCAGCCCAGAUAAAUGACUUGUACGUUCCCAUGGUACAUGCCAUGUCUGUGUACUUUGCUCAGGCAGAUGCUCUCAAGGGUUCCUUGGUAGAAACAUUGAGGGAGGUCCGUCCGACAGCUUUCCUAGGAGUGCCCAGGGUGUGGGAAAAAUUUGCAGAGAAGAUGCAGGAAAAGAGUCGAGAGGUGAAAGGGAUCAAGAAGAAGAUUGGAGCAUGGGCGAAGGUUAAAGGCAAAGAGGGUGUGAUGGCUAAAAUGGAAAAUCGUUCACUUCCAUGGUUUUGGGGUGUAGCUAACUCACUGCUGUUCCGGCCCAUAAAGAAACAGAUGGGACUUGACCGGUGUCGGAUCUGUGUGUCUGGAGCCGCUCCCAUCAUGAAAGACACGCUUGAGUUCUUCUACAGCUUUGACAUCACCGUACUGGAGGUAUACGGCAUGAGUGAGAGCACUGGUCCCCACACGGUAGGCACCAAUGAGUGUUUCAGGCUGAGCAGUGUUGGUAGGGAAAUCCCAGGGGUACACACUAAACUGGCUGACAAGGACGAUGAUGGAAAUGGAGAGGUGUGUAUGCAAGGCCGCCAUGUUUUCAUGGGCUACCUAAACAAUGCUGAAAAGAAUGCAGAGGCUUUUGACUCCGAUGGCUGGCUACGGACUGGUGACAUCGGCAAGAAGGAUGGAGACAAUUUCCUUUACAUCACUGGACGUAAAAAAGAGCUGAUCAUCACAGCAGGCGGGGAGAAUGUAGCACCUGUACCGGUGGAGGACAGUGUUAAAGAGGAACUGCCUGUCAUUUCUAACUGUAUGCUUAUUGGGGACAAACGCAAAUUUCUCUCCAUGUUGAUCACACUAAAGGUGUUAGUUGACCCCGACACGGGUGAGCCAACAGAUGACCUCACUAGGGAGGCAAAAAGCUGGUGUCAGUCGGUGGGCAGUGAGUCGACGAAGCUCUCGGACAUCAUCAACGAUAAGGAUGUUGUUGUCCUUAACGCCAUCCAGGCCGGAAUCAACCGUGCCAACGAAAAGGCUGUUUCCCGUGCAGCAAGAAUUGCAAAGUGGUCUGUCCUGCCUCAAGAUUUCUCUAUCCAUGGUGGCGAACUUGGUCCUACGCUGAAGCUACGGAGACCCAUUGUCAACAAGAUCUACCACAAAACCAUUGAAACUUUUUAUGCAGAAGUGUGAUUUUUUUCUGAAGGCUACGUUGCAAAAUUGGGAAAAAGGCAAAAUAAACAUUCCAGAUUAAGAAACAGGCAAUUAUAUACAAACAUUCCAGGUUGUGAAACAGGCAAUACGAACAUUUCUGUGUUGUUGUGUUAAAAUGUCUGUUGUAAAGUGUCAAGUUGACUUUGUUCUGAAGUCUUUUGAAUACAAUGUAUCCAAUCUCGAUCAAUUCAGGAAUUUCAGUCGUGUUUGAAGAUUUAUAAAGUAUAAAAUCACGUAUUAUUAAUUGUGUCAUUGAAAUAUUUUGUGACAUACUUUGUGAUCUCCUAAUACUGUGCUUCGAGGUUUAUCCGUAAGUUGUAGGUGAAACAUAUUCAACAAAAUAUAUCUUAGAAACAACAGGGGGGUGGAGACCCAACGCCCCAGCAAGGAUUCGUCAGUUCCAUAGUGGCGGUUAUGUGCUAAAUAUAUCUAAUUAGUUUUAUAUCUGAGUAUGCAUGGUCCUCGGUAAAAUUUGCCUGUGCACUUUCUCAUGUCACCUCCUUUUUCAUUUCACAAUAGGACAUAAAAUCUGGCCCCAGUUUCACGAAAAUCCUUUUAUUGCAGGGUGUUCCUUCAGUUUUUCCUAAGGAAACGGUUCAAAAGGAUUUUUUUUCUUGCAAAAUUCUGUAAUGCUUUGCUAUGGAAAGCCUUAAAUUGAGAAUUUCUACUAGUAGAGGAACAUUUACAUUUGCAAAAUUGUUGCAUGUUAAGUUAAAAAUCUGUUUUGAAUGUUUCAUAAGAAAGUAUUUUCUGACAAUUUGCUGCCACUGUUAGGCAACUGUUUGUCAUUUCAUGCACAUGCAUAAACUGGGGCCUGUUCGUUUAUAUGGAACAACCGGUUUGUCCGUUUGUAAAUGUAACAAUUUCGGAUAUAAAUGUUGGUGG